ACCAACUCAGAAAGAUAAGUAAGAAGCACAAAUUCAUUCAAACCAUGAAAUCAUCCCAUGCAUCUCUCGUCUUCAUACUAUUGCUCUCUCUAUUUGCUCUACAUCAAUGUGUGAGGUUACAAAGAUCGAACAAAAUCGAUAUGUCUGUAUGCGUCCAUGACAUUUGCGGCGGUGUUUUCGACGGAGGCUGUUAUUGCUGUCCCAAAACGCCAGCUCUUUGCUGGGCAGACAACCAAUUCUGCACCACCUAUUGUCACGCUCAAAGUUAAAACCUUAAAUAAACUGAUCUGGAGCUAGUUGUCCCAUUUCAAAUCUAUAGCUAACCUAUUGUCAUCUAUGUUUGCAUCUGUUUGGCAACAAGAAUAAGAGAUACUCCUAAUUUCACAUAUUGGGUCCAAGUCACAUUGCCCCCUUCUUGAGGUUUAAAGAUCUUGUGAAAGGAUGUUGAGGUGGAAUCGUAGUCAUUAUGUGUUUCCUUAGUUUAUAAGUAAUAUACCAUAAUAUUUGUU